AUGUCUCUUUUCUCUCCCCUUCCAGUCGCUCCAGGCCACGACCCGAGCGACGCUCACCGCGCCGCGCAAUUCACCAAAUUCCGGCUCCGGCGCUCCGACCUGUCGGACGACCCAUUCAUCCAAUUCCACCAGUGGUUCAGCGCGCCACAGUUACAAAGCCACAUUCCGGAGACGGUCACGCUGUCGACCGCGGAGCUCCCCUCGGGCCGGGUGUCGGCGCGCACCGUGUAUUUGAAAGAACUCGAUGCGCGCGGCUUCGUCAUCUACUCCAACUUUGGGACGAGCCGCAAGGCCGCCGACCUGGCCACCAACUCAUACGCCAGCCUGUGUUUCUGGUGGAAGCCGGUCGAACGCCAGGUGCGUGUCGAGGGCCGCGUGGAGCGCCUGACCCCGCAAGAAAGCCAGGUCUACUUCAACACCCGCGCCAGGGGCAGUCGCAUCGGCGCCUGGGCCAGUCAGCAGACCAGUGUGCUCGUGCCUCAGUCGCCAUCACAACCGCAUGUCGUGCGGGCUGGUGGUGAAGGCGACGAUGACGCCGACGACGGCCGUGCCGAACUCGAAGCCCGCGUCAAGGAAGUCGAGGCUCGCUUUGACGGUCAGGAUGAAAUCCCCGUUCCGCCCUUCUGGGGCGGCAUUCGCAUUGUUCCAGACACGGUGGAGUUCUGGCAGGGUCGCGAGAGUCGCUUGCACGAUCGCUUCCGCUAUACACGGUUGGAAGGCGAAGGCGCCACGGGCUGGAAAACGGAGAGGCUGAGUCCUUGA